ACGUAAAUACCACCAAACAAACGAUAAGGAAAUGUCUAGAUCCCUGUUCCAUGAGUACCUUUUCCCUUAAUUCGUUCGAUUGGAACCAGGCGGUGCAGGACAUACAGGGAAUUUUAUUCCGCUAACAUGGCAAACUCACUGUGCACUGCGUGCAUACUUUUACUCCAUUUUUGUGUGACUGUGCUUGCAGGGCGGGAUUUCUACAAGAUUCUGGGUGUCCCCAAGUCAGCCUCCAAAAAUGAGAUUAAAAAAGCAUAUCGCAAGUUGGCCAUGCAGUACCACCCAGACAAGAACCCGGGCAACGCAGAGGCAGAGGAGAAGUUUAAGGACCUAGGAGCAGCGUAUGAGGUGCUGACGGAUGACACGAAAAGGAAACAGUACGAUAGACACGGAGAGGAAGGAAUCAAGGAAUCACACGGACACGGCGACCCAUUCUCAAGCUUUUUUGGUGACUUUGCACAUUUUGGAUUUGGAGGCCACCAACGAAAUCCAGAAACUCCGCGAGGGGACGACUUUACUGUGGACUUGCCUGUAUCAUUAGAGGAACUUUAUUCCGGCAAUUUUGUUGAGGUUGUGAGGUACAAACCAGUGGCCCACACAGCCCCGGGUACCAGGAAAUGUAACUGCAGACAGGAGAUGCGAACGCAGCAGUUGGGACCAGGGAGAUUCCAGAUGACACAGCAUGAAGUGUGCGACGAGUGCCCACGAGUCAAGUUGGUGAAUGAAGAGAAGUUGUUGGAAAUUGAGAUCGAGCCAGGAAUGCAGGACGGCCAAGAGUAUCCAUUCUUAGCAGAGGGAGAGCCUCACGUAGAUGGUGAACCUGGUGACCUCCGGUUUAGAAUCCUUGCAGAAAAGCAUGAUCGCUUUGAAAGACGCGGUGAUGACUUGUACACAAACAUCACAAUAUCCCUUGUGGAUGCCCUUGUUGGGUUUUCCAUGCAAUUUCCCCAUCUUGAUGGUCACAUGGUCAAAAUUGUACGAGAAAAGGUUACUUGGCCAGGUGCCAAGAUGAGGAAGCAAGGGGAAGGAAUGCCCAAUUAUGAGAACAACCAUGUCAAAGGAAUGCUGGUAAUCACUUUUGAUGUCGAAUUCCCCAAGGGUGACUUGACCCAGGAGGACAGAGAAGGUAUAAAGAAACUAUUGAAGCAAGAAUCCAAACAAAACAUUUACAACGGUCUUCAGGGUUACUGACCCUGGUCAUGACCUGUUUUAGGUAUCUUAGUAGAUGUUUUUUUUAUUAAUUUGAUAAUUGGUGGGCAACAUUCAAACUGAAAGCUAGCCUGGAUUUUACACGGCUCCUUAUUUGGGAACCUUGUGCUUGGUCGGAUAUGCCUAGUGCAAGCUGUGUUUUCAAAACGUUGAGGAAAAUUCAUAGAGAAGCUCUGUACAGUGUGGGUUGACCUCUGACCAGAUUGGUUUUAAGGUUAUUAUAAAGUACAGGUCCUAAGUAUGUUCCAUGUUUCAAAUAUUUGGAAGAAGUUUGUUAAUACUUUGUAAACCUUCAAUAUUAAUCAUACUUAACAGAUUAAAAAAAGAGGACAGGCCUUUGGAAAUAUUUGUACAAUUUUGUAAACCUUGCUUUUUCUUCAAAACCUCAGUUCGGUUUUUUCUAUUCUAGUACUUUUCUUCGGGAUGAAAAUUGACUUUUGAGAUGCUUUUUUUGUGGUUCUGCGGGUAAAAAUUAUUUUGGAAAUUUUAAAAUUUGUUUUGGUCAUCGAUCAAGAGCCCCCCGGUACUAUGUUCCUGAAGAAGAAGUGCUUUUGUUUUCACUUCACCAACAUUCAACUCAUGCUGCUUUUUAUGUUUUGCAAAGACCCCAAGAUAUUGCUCAACGAACAUAAAACCUAACCCAACCAGAGAUGCAGCUGGUUUCAGUUUAAUAUGUACACAUUCGCAGUGACUUUGAUAAGUGAUGCACAUUCGUUCAAUGUGGCCAAAGUAGUUUGCACAGGUUUCUAACAUGUCAGUGAUAGUACUUGCAAGGCAAAACGUUAGCUGAACUGAAAUGUGGAUACCCUCUCAACAUGCCUUGCUGGAGUUUUUGAGUACAUGCACAUGAAAUGAACAAAGCCUGCAUUUAUCACCAAUAAGGUUACUUUAGGAUUUGAACUGUUUGCAUUCCUGGAAGGUGUUAUGUGUGUUUGUGGAAGGAUUAGGCACAAGUUUUGACCCUACCAUUUUUGGGGGGGGGGUUACUUUUGGAAAGAGAUAUAUUUGGGUAACGUUUGGCAAAAUUGCUAACAGUGUCCCAAAUCUCAUAAAACAAAUUUUAACUGUCAAUGAUAUGUCCUUUAAGUGUUACCUUUUAGAUGUUACUGUCUUGAAUGUUCUUUAUAAUGUGAACUUCAUCAUCCAUGCAACAGUGCACUUACAGAUGAAUGUAGUUGUAGUUAUCACGCUUUCCAAUUCCACAUGGUCAGAAACUUAGCAAAAAAGAAAAUAUGCAACAGACCUGUAGCAAAGCACAUUGAUUUGACUUCAGUCCAAAGACACUGAUAUUAAAUUACACCUUAUAAUGAAAAAUGGUAUCAGGGGAGACUUGUCGGGAUUUUUCUGAUUUCAGAAUUGUUUAAACAAUCUCUUUUGGCAUCUUGAAAGUCCCGAGUAUACCAUUAAGAUGUUUUUACAUACAGGAAGUGAUAUACAAUGCAAGAAACUGGUAUUUUAAGGAGAGGCGAACGCAAAUGUGUAUCUUGGGCCCUCAGAAAUCAGAUGAUCAUUUUGUGGAUAUUUUAUGUUCCUCCAAUCACACCCCUGUGGCAUGUCUUGUUUGUAAGUUGCCAAUGUUUACUUGUGUAUGAUGUUUACUACAGGAUGAAAACUUCAUUCUAUUGGACAUUGACACUUAGACCCGUUUUGCAUAAUAUGAAUUUUAUUCACAAUACAUGUAUAUUCUUUAUAA